GAAGCGGGGCAACAAUCGAGGCUGGCCAAGUCGAAGCCGAGCGACGUGGGCCGCGACAAGGGGCGGAGAUACAAGAAUGUGACGAUCGGGGACGGGAUCUGUCAGAGUAUCGACAUACGGAACAGCGCGUCCGCAUUCGGUAUCAUGAAGGACUGCCGGGUGAUCGAGGGCUUCCUCCAGAUCGUCCUUAUCGAGAACAACUCGGAGAGGGACUUUCAACCGAUCAGCUUCCCGCUGCUCAGAGAGAUCACCGGUUACCUACUUCUGUAUCGCGUGAACGGAUUGAAAACACUGAGCAACCUGUUCCCCAAUCUCGAGGUGAUCAGGGGCAACAUUUUGCUCACCGAUUACGCGUUCAUGGUGUACGAGAUGCAGAAUCUUCAAGAGAUCGGACUGAAGAAACUUACCGAGAUCUCGAGGGGCAGCGUUCGGAUCGAGAAGAAUCCCGCUCUCUGCUACACAACCACCCUUAACUGGGACCUCAUCGUCUCCGCGGGGGAGAACGUGAUCAAGGACAACGGAGAGGAGGCCUCUUGCCCCGGAUGUUCCCACUGUCCUGCCGGUUAUUGUUGGACUUCCCAGUAUUGUCAGAGGAUGGAAAAACCGAGAUGUCACGAGCAGUGUCUGGGCGAGUGUCACGGCCCGACCGAGAGCAAGUGUUACGUUUGCAAGCAUUACCGCCACGAAGGGAAAUGCGUGGAAACCUGCCCCGCCCAUCUAUAUUCCUAUCUCUCGAGGCGAUGCGUCACGAAAGACGAAUGCGUGAAGAUGAAUCGUCUGAGGAGGGUGUACUACGUUCUGGAGGAUGGCCUGGCAUGGAGACCGUUCAAUGGAUCGUGCGUGACUCAUUGCCCCGAUGGAUACGAGGACGCCCUCGACGAAAACAACAUGACCACGUGUCGCGCUUGCAUGAACAGUUGCCGGAAGGUCGGGCACGGUGCCCUGAUCCGUCACAUCUCCGACGCGCAGAGUUUCCGCGGUAUCACGGUGGUGAAGGGGGCGCUCGAGUUCCAGAUACGGAACGGGAACCCGAACAUAAUGAACGAGCUGAGCGAGGCGUUCGGCCGGAUCGAGGAGAUAACCGAGUACGUGAAGAUCACCCACUCGUUCCCGAUCACCUCGCUGAGCUUCUUCAAGAGGUUGAGGGUGAUCAAGGGGGAGCAGCUGGACAUAAACAACGCGAGCCUGUCCGUGCUCGACAACCCGAAUCUGUCGAGCCUGUUCCCGCCCGAGCAGGAGAUCAGGAUCGAGAACGGCCGCCUCUUCUUCCACUACAACCCGAAACUCUGCCUCUCGAAGAUCGUGCAGUUCAGCAAGAUGGUGAACAUCUCCAACUUCACCGACCUCGAGAUACAACCGCAGUCGAACGGGGAGAAGGUGGCGUGCAACAUAGUGAACAUAAACAUAACCGUGAACAAUCUCGGCCCCGAUUACGCGGAUCUGACGUGGGACAGUUACAAGGCGCCCGAGGGGCAACAGUUGCUCAGCUAUCUGUUGAACUACAUCGAGACCGAGAACGAGAACAUCACGUACGAGAUGAACGCGUGCGGAGGGAACAACACGUGGCAGAUACUCGACGUGGACAUACCCGAGUGGACGUCCCCCGUUUCCAAGCACAUCGCCAAUCUGAAACCUUACACGAUGUACGCGGUCUACGUGAAAACGUUCAACUCGAGGACCACGAAUUUCUUCGUGAACCCGAACGAGGUCGGCCAGUCGAGGAUCAUCUUCUUCAGAACGAAGAGCACCAUCCCCUCCCCCCCGAUGAACGUGAUCUCCACCCCGUUGAGCGACACCGAGAUCCUGGUCAAGUGGGAGAGCCCGUUGUUCCCGAACGGGCCGAUAGGCUACUACAUGCUAUCCGCCACCAUGAUCCGCGAGGACGAGAGCUUGAUCUCGUCCAGGGAUUACUGCAACGACACGUUGGAGAACGACCUCGACUCGGAGGAGGCUGCCCCCGUUACGGUGCCCGAGGUUACGGUGAAGACGCCUUCGAGGGGCGCGGCGUGUUGCUCCAAGAGCCCUGGCCGGAGCGUGGUCACCUCGAAGAAAUUCGAGAUAUUCUGCCACGAGAACACCACGAUCAGCUACAUAUCGCCCGGUUGGAAGGAUUAUUGCGUGUACAACAACUACAACGCGGUGGACAACCGGUUCUACGAGUUGGCCAACAACCUGUCCACCCCUCGGCCCGAGGACAACGCGUCGAGAUCGAGCAACGUGGUCGUGGUGGACAAGGACGCGGUGACGUACAACGUGAGCGGGCGAAACAACUCGUUCGUGAUCAACGAUCUGCGCCACUACUCCCGCUACAUAGUCACCAUAGCCGCGUGCGGCGUCAAGGUGGACGAGUCGAACAUGUGCUCGUCGAUCCAGUACACGCACGCCAGGACGAGGAAGCGCGGCCGCGCCGACGACGUGAGCAACGUGAGGGUCAGGGUGACCAACAACACCAUCGUCGAGGUGUUCUGGGACCUGGUCAAGGAUCCCAACGCCCUCACCGUCUCCUACACCAUCGAGUACACGAAUCUGGACGUGAAGGACGCGAAGAAGAGCACCGAGUGCAUCCCCCGGACGAGCCAACCUCGAACGGAUACCGUGGCAACAACCACGACAACCACGAGCUAUUUGAUCAAGAAUCUGAGCCCUGGAAAGUACAGCCUUCGAAUGAGGUCGACGUCGUUGGCCGGGGACGGCCGUUUCUCCGAGGUCGUGUACUUCUCCAUAGAUCUGACCGACACCGCGCCGGUCACGUUGGCCGCGUUGCUCGUGCUCUGCGUCCUCGCCAUGAUAUCGGUCGUGUUGUUCGUGGUGUGGAGACACCACAGGAAGAGGAAGAAUCAGGAGAGGCUGAUCGCUAGCGUUAAUCCCGAUUACAUAGAGACGAAAUACGUGAUCGACGAGUGGGAGGUGCCCAGGGAGAGCGUCGAGAUCUCGAACGAGCUCGGGCUGGGCAAUUUCGGCAUGGUGUACAGAGGUGUUUACGACAAGAGUAUACCGGUCGCGAUCAAGACGAUCUCGAAGACGGCCAGCCAGAGGGAGAAGAACGAGUUCCUGAACGAGGCGUCGGUGAUGAAGAACUUCUCCACGUUUCACAUAAUCAAAUUGAUCGGGGUCGUCUCGAUCGAGAAUCCGCCGUUCGUGAUCAUGGAGCUGAUGGAGAACGGGGAUCUGAAGACGUAUCUUCGGCGGAUACGGGACACCCGCCUCGUCCCGGACACGUGCAGGAUCAUGAGGAUGGCGGCCGAGAUAGCGGACGGGAUGGCCUAUUUGGAGUCGAAGAAAUACGUGCACCGGGACCUCGCGGCCCGGAAUUGCAUGGUUUCCAGGGAUCUGGUGUGCAAGAUAGGCGACUUCGGGAUGGCGAGGGACGUGUACGAGACGGAUUACUACAAGAUCGGGAGGAAAGGGCUUCUCCCGAUCAGGUGGAUGGCGCCCGAGAACCUGUCGGACGGCGUGUUCACGUCCGACUCGGACGUUUGGUCGUUCGGCGUCGUACUCUACGAGAUACUGACCCUGGCCGAGAUCCCGUACCAGGGUUUCUCGAACGAGGAGGUGCUCAGCCACGUGUUGCACAAAGGGACGUUGAACGUGCCCCGCGAUUGCCCCGAGAACAUUCAAAAGAUCAUGGAGAAGUGUUUCAAGUGGCGGCCCAGCGAUCGGCCCACCUUCAUGGAGAUCGUGUCCGAGCUCGAGCCGUUCCUCGGCCAAGAUUUCUACGAGAAAUCGUUCUACCACUCGAUGGAGGGCGUGGAGAGCCGCAACUCGGGCCUGAAGAAGCCCUACCACCACGCCGCCCCUAUCAGAUUCCACUGGGGCAACGAAACGGCCAGGUGGGUCAAGGAGUUCGAGGACAACGUGACGCUGUUGGACCAGACCAAGGCCGGGACAAGCAGGGCGCGCAUCUUCAAAAACGGUUUCCAACACUUUGGUAACGUAACCGCCAACAUGGAGGACGUGCCUCUCGAUCGAUGAGCUCGUAAAACUCAAUCGGCCUAUAUAUAUAUAUAUAUAUAU